AAAUUAUGUGACAUCCUAAUAAAUUGAAAUCUCAUCUGAACAAAACUAAUUAGAUGAACAAUUAAGUUAAUUUUCAUAAGUAGCUGGAACCGUAAGCUGAAAAAAUGAGCUCAGAGUGAAAAUGUUGAGCCGACAAACACUCGGACUGUUUUGGUUGAUAAAUUGAUCAACAAUUUAAUUCAUUGAUUUGUAUUGGCAAUUGUCCCUUAAUUUAAUCGCUUUUUCAUCAAGUCUAAUUGUUAAUGUGAUUUGGAAUUGAUUCGGAUGUUCAAUAUUAGUUAUUGACUGUUUUCCAUCAACUGCUGAUUGAUUCAUCAUCUCUCUUAUUCUGAUUAACCUUCUUGUAUUAAUUUUUUUCCUCCAAUAGAAUCAAACAAAUUACUGAUCAAUUAUGAUUCCAAUGGAUAGAUAUGUUUUCUCAGGUCUUUUUUCCGUCUUUUUGUUACUUACAAUACGAGACCUAUUUUACCGUGACACUCACAAGCCCGAUGAUUCUGGUGUUUACAAUUUCAAGAAGCAAAUACCCGAGACCCAUUUUUCUAAUGUUAUUAUCGGACCAGCAAUUCGUAUAUCAUAUUGUUACUCAUGUGGAUACAGAAGAGCUUUCGAAGAAUACGAACGAAUAAUCAAGGAAAAGGAUCCAAAGAUUGUAGUUAUUGGAGAAAAUCAUUCACCGAAUUUCAUUCGACUCGCAAUAUCUCAAUCUCUAUCAUUCGGAAAAUUCGUUGUCAUCGGUUUAAUUGUCUCUAGUAUUAAUCCAUUCUCAUACUUUGGUAUGGCGACACCAACCUAUUGGAAUAUGUUAUCUCAACAUCGUCUCUAUGGUUCCAUGAUGAUUUUCUUCAUUUGCAACACCCUAGAGAGCUAUUUAAUGAGCACUGGUGCUUUCGAGAUAACUUAUAAUGGAGUUCUCAUUUGGUCCAAGCUAAAAUCUGGUCGCAUGAUAUCACCUCAAGAAUUAUUCUCACUCAUCAAUAUUGAACAAGAUUUGAAUAAAGGCGACAUCAUCUACAGUCCAACAUCCUAGUUUAUACCAAUUGGUCAAUUAAUCUUUGUAUAAAAGUCUGAAUUCCAGAAGCUUCACAAAAUUAUCAUGAUUAAGAAAACAUGAUUACUCCAAACUGUAAAUCUAUCGCUAUUGGAGAUUAGAUGUUUUUCUGACCUUUUUGUUUA